AUGAGGCUGUGCGUAUCUUUGGUUUUCAUCUGUACGAUGCUGUCCGCAGUAUAUGGGUUAAAGUGUUACACCUGCUGGGGUGAUAACCCCGGCACCUGUCAUAAUGUAUGGCUGUGUCCUGAACAUUAUGAUCGCUGUGCCACCACAAUAGUUGCUCAAAAUCUGAUCAGCAAACACUGUAUGAGGAGUGAUAUGUGUGAUAAUGUUUAUUCCGUGGGUGUCAGAUGCUGUGCUGAAGACCUGUGUAAUGGUGCAGAGCACGCUGGAAUCUUUGUCCCUCUCCUUCUAGCACCCUUAGCCAUUAUUACACUCUUCAUUUGA